AUGCAUCCCGAAGACGUUCAUCCUUUUACUAUCUCAGUUCCGGACAGUGAUUUGGCUGAAUUGCAGAAGAAGCUUGAGCUAACCAGACUACCUGACGAGGUAGACCUACCUGCCGGCCAAGAAUGGGAUUGGGGAAUUCCUCUUGCUGUACUUAAGCCUAUCGUGCACUAUUGGCGCGAGGGGUAUAACUGGAGAGCGGUUGAAGAGAAAAUCAAUCGUACCCUCCCUCAAUUCACGACCACAAUCGAAUCACGCAACCACGGACUUCGGAGUGUUCAUUUUGUGUUCAGGAAAUCCAAUAACUCUUCAGCUAUUCCAUUGUUAUUCAUUCAUGGAUGGCCCGGAAGUUUUCUUGAGGUCUCGAAAAUGAUAGAUGAACUCACUAAUCCAUCUGAUCCCAAGCAUCCUGCAUUUCACGUAGUAGCACCAUCAUUCAAGCAUUACCUAGCUCAAGGAGGGGACUGGGGGUCGCGAGUUUGUAGAACGCUCGCAAUUUAUCAUAAGGAAACUUGUCUCGGGACGCAUGCAAAUCUAAUCUCUUACGGCGCACCAACAUUUUGGAGGAAUCCUAUCAUUGGCCUUAAAACUAUACUGGGUGGUAAUGGUAUUCCUGAUAGCCCGGUUGGAUUAUUGGCGUGGAUUGGUGAAAAGCUUUACGCUUGGACAGACAACUAUCCCUGGACCCCAGAAGAAUUGAUAACGUGGACUAUGCUGUACUGGAUAAAAGGCCCCGCUGGUGGUUUGAGAUACUACAAAGAGAAUCAUGCUAUUCACCGAGCUGAUAGGGCUGGACCUCAUGCAGAAAUCGAGUUUGGUUGGUCGUCUACCCCAUUUGCCUUUUCUCGGUUUCCAAAAGAGAUUUCGCCGGUGCCCCUCGACUGGGCGGGUCUUCGCCAGAAUCUUGUUUAUGCCAAAAGCCACGAUAGGGGUGGUCACUUUGCAGCCUGGGAAGUUCCAGAACUACUCUCAGAUGAUAUACGUCAAUUCGCAAAGAUUGUCCAAGAACGAGAUGAGAGGCUGCGGGACAAGAUGUAG